UUGAUGCAGUUAAAGCCUUUAGAAUUUUCUGAAUGCCUGACGGAUUCUCCCUUUUUCCGCCAAAAUUUGCAUAAACACGAAAUUGAUGUAGAGCAACAAUGUAGAAAAAUUCUUUCUUAUUCGACAAAACUCAGCUUAGCCCAAAAGCAUUUGGCAGAAACUUUAAGUGACUUCAAAUUGGGAAUGAUUGGGACGAUGUCUGAAGAUGAUAUGGCAAUGGCUAAUUAUACUAAACAACUGGCUAAUGUUAUUAUAAUGAUAGAAGAACAUCGUUCCAAAACAAUUCAAGAGACUGGAGAGCUUUAUUUGUCCCCUCUUUUGGCAAUGGUUGAAAAAAUUAAUCGUGCGAGAGAUGGACGUCAAAGAUACAGCAAAGAAUCAGGAAAAUUUUAUCAAGCAUUGGAAAGAAAUUUAAACCUUAAAGUUACUACAACGUCAAGAAAAUCUGAUUUUACCUCCAUAGAUGCCCAAUUAGCUGUGCAACAAAAAAGUUUUUGUCAAGCAUCGUUAAAUUAUGUAACUGAAAUUCAAAAUGUGCAAGAAAAUGUUAGAAUUGAAUUUGUGCAGACUAUUAGCUCUUUUCUUUAUCAAUGGCUCUUAUUUUAUCACAUGGCAAAUGCAAUACAAAAAGAUUUUCAAUAUACUUACAGCGAAAUUAAUGACAAAAUAUUAAAAGCAAAAGAAAACUUUGAAGUACAACAAAUUGAGGCUAAUGAAUUAAAAAAGAAAAUGUUGGUUACUUUUAUGAGACAUUCGGUUUUUCAAUCCGAAACUGAUAAAAGUGGAAAUUCAAAUAUUGGUGAUGAUGGUGAACCCUUAUCUCCCGGUGCUUUGGGUGGAGGUGCUAUAAGUUCUAUUAAACAAGGAUAUUUAUAUAUGCAUGAUCCUAUACGUUUAUUGCCAAAAACUAUAAGUAGAGAUGUCCUUUCUCGUAGCAAUUGGACAAAAUAUUAUUGUGUUUAUUCGAGGGAAACAAAAAUAUUUACUUUUAUUCCAACGACUAAUGUUGUCAAAACGGAUGUCAAAGGCGUUUCUUUUAAAAAAUUGCAAUGCACCCGUCGUGCACCUGAUUCUAUAGAUAAAAGAUUUUGUUUUGACGUUGUCCCAGAGAGUCGAACAGAAGUGCUGACAUUUCAAGCUUUAAGUGAAAUUGACUGCCAGCAAUGGCUUGAAACUAUGGAUGGCCAGGAAACUGUUUAUGGAAGUGCAACAAACGCUUCUCCUGCUUCUUUGACAAUGCUUGAUGAACACGGUUUCGAAUUUAUUGAACGUUGUAUAAAUGUUAUAGAAGAGAAAGGAAUUACUGAACAAGGAAUUUAUAGAAAUUGUGGAGUAAAUUCAAAAGUUCAAAAAUUAAUGCAACAUGCUCUAGACCCUCAUCACCAUAACAAACGUUCUGCUUCAGACAAAUUAAAUUUACUCACAGAUUCUGAUUUGGAAUUAAAAACUGUUUCUUCUGCAAUUAAAACUUUUUUAAGAAAUUUACCAGAACCUUUAAUGACUUAUGAAUUACAUCAACAUUUUAUUAAUGCCGCUAAAUUACACGACGGAAAUCAACGAGUUCAACAUAUUCACUAUUGGGUAUAUAAAUUACCUUCUUCACAAAAGAAUAUGUUGGAAAUGGUGAUUUAUUUUGAGAUAUUUAUAAAAAAAUUUUAA